AUGAACAAAGCUUUGAAUAACAAAGUCUUGUCUGGUCAUGCCUUUCGUAACCUAACCAUGAAAUCGAUUGUCGAAUGUUUUUUUGCUUGCCUAGAGGAUUGCCUGUGUAUGUCAUUUCAAAUGUGUGAGAAUACAGAAUGUCAGCUGUUGUCAUCCAAUCAAUUCCGAUCACCUUCGACAUUGCUUGCAAUGAUGGGGUGUUCUUAUUAUGACAUGGUACCAAAUUCGGUAAGACCUAUUUAUAUAUUCCUGACACUUCAGUUGUUUCCAAAUCCAAAGUUUCAAGUUUGUAAGUUCACGGCAACCAGGUUUAAUAUCGGUCUUGUUUUUGCUAGCUACUCUGGUUUUUAAGUAAAUGACUGAAAUGACUGUGGAAUUCACGAAUUGAAUUCACGAAUACACAUAAUUUUGUGGGUUCUUUUAUUAUUCCUGAUUCUUUCGCUGUUCUUCCUAAUUACUCAGAAAACAAUCAUGAUACAGUCUUUCUUUACUAAUAUCUUACUGAAUGAUCGAUAAAUUAGUCUAAAUUAUAGUAAUAAUCUGAUCACUUAUAAUGUCUUUUUUACAUUAAAAUAUGCAAGAGCACAACAGUGCAAUUAAAAACUGGCAUUUAAUUAAUCAGAAAAACAUUUGAAAAGUUUGAGAAAUUUUCAGUGCAUGCACAUUUCUUCUGUUUUUACAUCUCUUCAAUCCAAUACGAAUAAAGAACUAAACUAAACCUCUCAGUGUAGACGAAGUUGCCAAUAGACCUUUCCGGUAAUUACGUCACGACUAACACUGUUUUCAAAUUAGAAACACCUUAAAUGGAAUGGAUCUUAAGUUUGUUUCUCACGAGCUAUGGUCAGAGGAGCAGACUAUCCUUCUUCAACACAUGCAUAAAAAGGAUUUUGACCAAUAAAUGUGGAAAUAAGUUAAACACGAAAACGAGGCUGAGGGGCCAAGAAAGGCCAUGGCCCUCAGCCUCGUUUUCGUGUUUAAGCUUAUUUCCACAUUUAAUAGUAAAAAUGUAUUAAGGUUACAUCAUAUGAUAGAUUCCUGUUUCAGAAAAAUGGUCACUGCGUGCUCAAUUUUUUAGUUACGUUUCUCAAAUUUGGUACAUGCAAUGAUAACUAACUGUAGAAGCUACUGUUUUAACCAAAAUUCACCACCUUUUAACCUGUAGUCGCAAUGAGACAUCUUUUGAAAAAUAGCACCUCUUGCGCCACGAGAUUUAACGACAGACCGUUUAACUCAGGAGCUCCCAAAAUAUCAUAUUUCUCAUCUCAAAUGUCCAAAGAAGAAAAGUGUGUUCGCCUUUUUUGACAGCUAUUGUAUUUGCUUUGAUAUAAAGCAGACAACUUGACUUAUCUUGCGCGGGUAUAAGCGGUUGAAAAGAUGCUUCCAAAUUGAAAAAUAAUGCACUAAAUCGAAAACGCGAACACACUUUUGUUCCUUUAUUAUAUUGAUUAACAUUGUGGUCAAGUUUGGGAAGAAUCGGAUAAAACGCUCUGUCGUUAAACUCUUUUUUGUCGAGGAGAUUGGGUAAUUUUGCUUUCUCUUCAAACGACGAUUUAAGAUUUGACGAGGUUUCCACUCUUUCUGUCAUUUUCUCCGCCCCCAAUGUUAAUCCACUUGUGACCUCGUGCGGUUAACCAAUCACAAACAACCAAACUUCAAUAGUUUUUGGCAAGGUGUUUAUCACAUUUAUUUUUAUAGAAUUAUAGUCUAUAGACUACAAAACGCAAACGCAGUAGAAAAGUCACCGAAGCCAACAUCGCACAUAGCUUGAACUACGAGAGAUUCUGUAAAUACUAUAUUGUAAGCUUUCUAAUGUUGUCGCAAUGAUAUAUGCCUCCGAACAAUAACAAACGGCUUAUACUUCAGUGAAUUUCACACCUUGAUAUUUGACUCCAGCAAAGUUAAGUUCAAUCAUAAUUACAAGUUUCGCGCGAAGCUAUUCAGUGGUCAUAGCAUUUUCCCCCAUAUCUCGGUCGCUUUUUAACAUAUUCUUUAAAAAGUUGCUGGAAUUGAGAGAUAUAUCAUUACUUAAUAUGAAUAUAUAUAAAAAAAUUUUUUUGACAAAAUCAGAGUUUCAUCAUAUAAUGUAACCUUAAUAAUUAGUUUACAGUCAAAAUACAAAAAUCUUCCCACUUCCGCAACUUGGAUUGUAUGAUUGCUUGCGCGCUUGCUUUUAAUUUCAAUUUUGCUUAAAAAUAGUUUGAUGAGUAAGCAGCGUUGACUUGCAUUUUUUAUUUCAAGGUUGGGUUAACCAAUUCUGCUUCAUGCACUCCCGGAUGCCGUAAAAAUCCAUGCCCAAAUGGCACAAGUUAUGUUACACUCACAUCUACAGAUUACACAACACCUCGUUAUAAAUGUCUUUGUUCUCCGGGCUACGCAGGAAAUCUUUGUCAAUAUAUUGUCAGAUCAUGUCGUGGUUACACGAAUGGUAAUCGAGUUCCUGGAAAGUACAAGGUGUUUGACGAUAACAUGAAUCUCUUUGAAGUUUUCUGUGAUUUUGAUUUGAAUUCCACCAUGACAUGGACACUGGUUCAAUCGUAUGAACAAAGAGUUAAAUUGAAAUUCAAAUUCGAACCCUACUCUGUGGAUUUCCCUAUAAACCAAGAUUCUCCUCGCUCGGAUUCGUAUCGUCUUUCAAAAUCCAGAAUGCAAUCCAUCCAAGAUGACUCCAGUAAAUUUCGCAUUACAUGCAAGUAUGAUACCGAUGGUCUAGUCUACCGUGACUAUCUUCAGGCGACGAAAAAGAAAAUCGAUAUUCUAACCGAUAUUCUAAGUGACACACAUUGCCCUUUAGUAGAACUGAUUGAUGUCCGAGGUCAAAGCUGUUCCAACUGUACUGCAUUUCUAGUUCAAAAGAAUUAUAUCUUGCACAGUGAUUCCUUUAACGCCGCGAAUAAAGGCUGUCAAUUUCGGCCAACUGGAGUUAAACGCUGUACAGACCCGUACACAGAAGACAACUUUGGUUACUAUGGUUGUAUCAAUACGGCACACCGAUGUUCAUCCUCUGAGACAGCUACAACUCAAACCUGGCUUGGUUCUAAUUGA